AUGUACGACUGGCAGAUAGUACAGCAAUUUGUCACCCAUAUCCACGCACGGUAAUCUUAAGCGUUGCUUGAGCAUCGUACGCAUGCGUCAGUCACGAUAAUGAAUUAUGUGAAUAGUCAUAGCGUCGCAAGUAGCAUCGGCAGUACGAAUAGCACCACCAUCACCGCCACCACUAACUACAAAAACAAAAACUUCAACAAUGUCUAUGCCUCGAGCAGUAGAGGAGGAAGUGCCCCCCCACCUGACACCGUCACCGGCGUUAAUAACUCGCUUUACUAUUGGCAGUAUACGGCAGAUGAGCUGUCCGAAUUCUCACUCGUCGCACCAGAGCUGGAGCCUUCCAUGCAACAACUAUCUUCAGCGCCGCAGCAACCCGCAUCAACAUUCUCAUAUCAGCAAUCAAAUACCCGCUCUGACAAUCGCACCACGGAAGCUCAAGGCGAACCGCCACCUCACUUCUAUACAAGCUUCAACAUCUCCGACGAUAUCUUUGACUACUUCAAUGGCUUUCUCGAAAGCGCCGAACAGCAGCCACAGCAGCUGUUGACCACUACUGGCACUGAAGUUAUCACUCCAACCACCGCCUCUACAGUCAUCGCCUCCAAUCGCUCGCUGACAUCGUACAUAUACGAUGUUAGUAAUGGCACCCGCGAUCCGCACCUGGGCGAGUUUCUCGGCCUGCUUCCCAACGAUCGUAUCUCGCUAUUAUCGUUUCUCUUCCUCUUCUCUUUUGCCACCGUAUUCGGAAAUUCACUGGUAAUUUUGGCUGUUAUACGUGAACGUUAUCUACACACGGCUACAAAUUACUUCAUUACGAGCCUGGCGGUAGCUGAUUGCUUGGUGGGUUUGGUUGUGAUGCCCUUUUCGGCGCUGUACGAAGUGCUUGAGAAUACGUGGUUCUUCGGUACCGAUUGGUGUGACAUUUGGCGUUCGCUGGACGUACUCUUCAGCACCGCCUCCAUACUGAAUUUAUGUGUGAUAUCAUUGGAUCGUUAUUGGGCCAUCACCGACCCCUUCUCGUAUCCGAUGCGCAUGACAGUGAAACGGGCCGCUGCGCUCAUUUGCGCUGUGUGGGUAUGUUCGAGCGCCAUUAGCUUUCCAGCGAUUGUGUGGUGGCGUGCGGCGCGGGAUGGAGAGAUGCCCGCCUACAAAUGCACCUUUACGGAGCACCUCGGCUAUUUGGUAUUCUCGUCAACAAUCUCAUUUUACCUGCCACUGCUAGUCAUGGUUUUCACAUAUUGUCGCAUUUAUCGUGCGGCGGUGAUUCAAACACGUUCACUAAAAAUCGGCACCAAACAAGUGCUAAUGGCGUCCGGUGAACUGCAAUUGACAUUACGCAUCCAUCGUGGUGGCACGACGCGUGAACCUUCGACCAGUGCAUCGCAUCAUCCGACAAUUCACGGUUCGCUGGGUGGCGCGCCCAGUGGCGAAGGCGCACAACACCAUCGGCACCAUUCGCAUCUUCACUCGGCACAUCACAAUCACAGUACGUCCGGUACGACGACUUCGACACCCGAAGAGCCCGACGACGAGCCACUAUCGGCGCUGCACAAUAAUGGCUUAGCACGGCAUAGACAUAUGGGAAAGAAUUUCUCUUUGUCACGAAAGUUGGCGAAAUUCGCCAAAGAGAAGAAGGCAGCCAAGACACUGGGUAUAGUAAUGGGUGUAUUCAUCGUGUGCUGGCUGCCGUUCUUUGUUGUAAAUCUUCUUUCCGGUUUCUGCGUGGAAUGUAUCGAGCACGAGGAAAUAGUGUCGGCGAUAGUGACCUGGCUGGGAUGGAUAAACUCCUGCAUGAAUCCGGUGAUAUACGCCUGUUGGAGCAGGGAUUUCAGGAGAGCUUUUGUGCGUCUGCUAUGCGUUUGUUGCCCACGCAAAAUACGCCGCAAAUACCAACCGACGAUGCGUUCUAAAUCACAGAGAUUUGCAACACGUCGUUGCUAUUCGACAUGUUCGCUGCAUGGCAUUCAACAUGUGCGGCAUAAUUCCUGCGAACAAACUUAUAUCUAG